UCAUGCUGCUGCCCAGUCCAGAGUCUCUCAUGGGUCCCUGUACGGCCUCCCAUUGCUGCUGUCUCCAUCGCCACACUCUGCCAUGUGCCACUUUCAGGUCUCCUCACACUGCUGGUGUGUUCAAUUUUUUGUCAUAGGGUGCUGGCAGAUUACGGGCCUCCCAUAGCUGCUGCCAGGCCCCUAAUCUGCCAUGGGCCCCUAUACCGCCUCCUCAUGCUGCUGCCAGGUCCAGAGUCUCUCAUGGGUCCCUGUACGGCCUCCCAUUGCUGCUGUCUCCAUCGCCACACUCUGCCAUGUGCCACUUUCAGGUCUCCUCACACACUGCUGGUGUGUUCCAUUUUUUGU